AUGAACACUUCCAAGCAAGUUUCCAAAGUUAAAAGAUUUCAUAGAAGAGAAUUUUACUACCCAAGCUAUGGAGAAGUUAUGGCAGUAGUAGAAAAACUAAAAAAUUAUUUCCCAAGAGUUUUAACAAAAGAACAAGUAUUAAUUAUAUUAGAUAAAUGGGUUAUUGAAGCUAAUAUAAAACAUGAAUUAAAGCUGGCCUAUAGAAUUUUUGACAGCGAAAGCCGAAAUUAUUUGGAUCUAGAUGAAAUUCGACUCAUAGUGACGGAAUUUGGUGAACCUUUUAAUGAAAAUGAAACUUUAGAACUUCUGCGCGAUGCUAAUAUUCGAGGAGAUGGUAAUGUAUUUUAUGAAGACUUUGUGGAUUCGCUGUUUAAUCUGGCACCUGAAUUAAGUGAAAUAAAGGCAAAGUAUUUAUUCGAGGACCCAAAUGAAGAUCCUUCUGUGUAA